AUGCAACCGUUAGAGCAUCUCCAACGAAACUCCAAACCCUCUAAUGCCGUCGCCUCAAAGCUCCAGCCGAACGAUCCUAAGUCACCAUUCUUCUCUUCCUUUGUUGCAGACGACGGCCAAGGCUCCCUACGUGAUGGAUGCCGGAAAAAGGAGCCUCUUUGGAUUGUCUUUGAAGUGUCCGGGACGAUUCACUUGUCCUCUUACUUGAGGGUGUCAUCUUACAAGACAAUUGAUGGCCGGGGACAGAGGGUCAAGCUGACAGGGAAGGGCUUGCAGUUGAAGGAAUGCGAGCAUGUUAUUGUGUGCAAUCUUGAGUUUGAAGGUGGUAGAGGCCAUGAUGUUGAUGGCAUUCAGAUAAAGCCCAAGUCUAGACAUAUUUGGAUUGAUCGGUGCAGCCUGCGUGAUUAUGAUGAUGGUUUGAUUGAUAUCACACGGGAGAGCACUGACAUUACUAUCUCCAGAUGCCACUUUGCAAUGCAUGAUAAAACAAUGCUUAUUGGAGCUGAUAGCAGCAACAUUACUGAUAGAUGUAUCCGAGUGACAAUACAUCACUGUUUUUUUGACGGCACAAGACAGAGGCACCCACGUCUUAGGUUUGGGAGAGUUCAUCUUUACAAUAAUUAUACAAGAAAUUGGGGUAUAUAUGCGGUACUCUCUCAGUGCAAUAUAUAUGAAGCAGGAGAGAAAAAAACUGUGUUUAAGUACAUGCCUGAGAAGGUUGCUAGUAGCCUGUCUCCCAGAACCAUCAUUUGA